AUGCCGUUCCUCUCGCGUGAAGCUAUUCCCUCCCGACCCCAUUCUCCCUCGCCUAUAUCUGCUGCCCCUCCCUUGCACGAUCUCCCGGGCUACCAGUAUAACCCGAUGCCAUUUUCAUCCCAGUUAAAUCUUCCCGAAAAUGGGUCUCAUCCGUUCGAGCAUCCUACCACUGUCCCUCCUUCGCCAUACGAGGCUCCGGCAGCCGCACACUCCCCGGCACCACUGGAGAUCGUUCUCCCCAAUGACGAGGUCGUCUUUCGGGGCGUCGGACAAGAUGUCGAGAGUACCUUGUUGACCGGCCACCUAGUUCUCAAUCUUACCGAGGCCACCAAUAUCCGUGAAAUCACGCUACAGCUCACCGGAAAGGUUAGACUUCAGGUGCAUGACUCGUCCCAUGCACGUCAAGGACACCACAGCCAUAUUAUCUACACUCAUGACUGGUCCUUCCUAGAGGGAGAACGUAAUCACAAGCAUACGAUCAAAGCCGGGCAGCAUGUCUUUCCAUUCCAGGUUCAGCUUCCUAAUACGCUCCCGGUCUCAAGUCGCACCUACCCGGGAUCGGCAUCUAUUGCAUACAAGCUACGGGCCACCGCUGUCCGUUCUGCGUUCUCUGCCAACUUCCAUGCAUUCCGUUCUCUGCACGUCAUGCGUUCGUUUUCGCCAGAAGCGAUAGAAUACAAUCAGACGCUCGAGAUCGAGAACACCUGGCCGGGGAAGAUUAUGUACUCGUUCGUUGUUCCUCACAAGGCAUUUGCGGCCGGUGAUGAUAUUCCCAUUCUCGUCAAGUUCCAACCGAUGGCCAAGGGUGUAUCCGUACAAAGCAUGUCACAACUAUUAAAGAAUAUACAUCGGUUCGCUGGCGCGGAGUCCAACACCAAGAGACACGGACCGUCUCGAGCGCGCGGCACGCCCAUCACUAUCAUCAACAUCACCCCUCCGCAGUCGUUCGGGAAGCCAUAUGAACAUGUUCAGCAGCGGGCACGGCCGGAGCACUACAAACGCAUCGACCAGCACCGUGGCGUCGCAAUGGCAGCUGGAAUCGCCUCGGCAGCUCACUCGGCCUCGGGAUCGUCAGAGGGACACGAUACGCAGCCCGUCGCGUCCACGUCGCGACUGACCGACAGCCCAGUCGAUGAAACUACUGAAGAGACGGGGGACGAAGAAGUCGACACCUCGCUGCAUAUUACGCUACCUGGCUCGACCUCGCCGUCUUCGACGAUAGAGCCAAUUUUGAGCUUGUACAAGGUUAAGUUUUCGGUCAUCAUCUCCAAUCUGGAUGGGCAUACCUCGGAGUUGCGAUGUGCUUUGCCUAUUCAUGUCAUGGACCCACGGUUGGCGGAGGAAGUGCGAUUGGCUACCAACGCUACCCACCAUCUCCUGUUUGGAUCUGAAAAUACCGAACAGUCACAAAACAUCGAUUUACCCAGCUACCAAGCACACGUUUUGGAUCGCAUUGCAAUAGCAGAUGUGUCGCAGCCCACACGAACAGUUUCAAACCCCCUCUCGCGAACCAACUCCUCGGCCAACCUUGCUGCGAUGGCGUCGGCCCAUUCACACGGCCAUUCCAACACUGGGGGCUACUUCAAUUCGCGCGGCGGUACCACCCCAGGGGCAAGUAUUCCAAAUUCGCCCGGGCCCGCUGUCCCCCUCGACGCCGUGGACUCUGAGCUUAUACUCUCGCUGGGAGCUCAUCCCAGUGGCCCAUCGAGCUCUUCGAACACGCCCCCCGAAUCUCGUAGGGAUAGCCGCGCGGGCAGUCGGGUCCACAGUCGUGCGGGAAGUCGAACCGGUAGUCGGGCAAACAGCCGAGCGAACAGCCCUGAGCGCGGACAACAUAGUCAUGGUCAUGGACAUGGACAUGGGGGUGUCGAUGGACACAAACUCGCCGGAGCGCUCCACUCGAACCGAUCUGGGUUCUUCCACCUCCCGUCCUCGAUGAAGCCAUUCACCCCCUUCACCAAGGCGCGCAACACCUUUUCCUUGCACCAUUCAAACAGCCACUCGAGCCAUCACGCUACAACCCCCGGAAGCGCUUCUGGAACACACACACCUGCCAGUUGCCAUGCAAAUGCAAGCGGCCAUCACACACCUGAGGAAGGCGCGGGAUCGAACGCGGAUGUGAACCCACUCAGUCGCGUACCGGAUUAUGCCAUCGCGUCUCGCGGGUUCUUGGGAGGAGGGGUGACACCAUUGUCACGGGACCUGCCGUCAUACGACCAAGCUCAGCAACAGCAGCAACAACAAGUCACAACCUCGGCUUCCACUGGGGAUUUGGCCGCCUUGGCGCACAGCAGCGCCCCCCAGGAACGCGACCAUGCUGCGGGCCCGAGCGCCGAACACGGGCGUCCCGAUAUGGGAGGCCGCCGAUCAACCACUGAUUUGAUAUUCAUGCGCUCUGGGCAUUCUCUUGCCAUGCAACCUACCCCGAUCCAGAGCGGCACCCAACCCGUUCGGUGA